UCGAAGAAAUCUGACGACAAGAAGAGCGUCGUUGUCCUCGGCGGCGGCUUCGUGGGCAGCCUGCUCGCGCGCGCGCUCUCAGCCAAACUCGACCCGGCGAAGCAUGACCUGGUUCUCGUCGACCAACGCCCCUUCACGGUGAACCUGAUUUCGUCGGCUCGUAUGACCGUCACGGAGGAGGGCAACAUCGAGGAGCUCGGACGCAUCCCGUUCGACAAGCUCUUCGUGAAUGGCAACGGGUCGUAUCACCGCGGCAAGGCCGUCUCCAUCGAGGAGUCUAAGCCUGGGGCGGGCGGCUCAGUCGUGCUGGAGACCGGAGAGCACGUUCCAUAUGAUGUGCUGGUGCUGGCGACGGGGUCGACAUGGCCUGGCCCGCUGAACUUCCCGGAGUCCGAACGCUUUGGCGAGCAUGUCAAGGAAUGGCGCAAGAAGGUUGCGGACGCCAAGGACAUCUACAUCGUCGGGGGUGGAGCUGUAGGCAUU